AUGAACAUUGAAAUCGAUCGUAAGGAAUGCAUAGAGUGGAAAGAAAUAUAUCCUGAUCAACUUUUGAGACAUAAUGAUCCUACGAAAUCUCUCUGGGUUGCAAUUGGAGGAUAUGUUUAUGAUGUUACGGACUUUUGCAAAAAACAUCCUGGAGGCGAAGAAAUUUUAUAUGAAAAUGCCGGCAAGGAGGUGACGAUGCUCUUCAAAGAUGUAGGCCACUCCAUAGUGGCCCUUCAGAUUUUGGAGGGCUUGAAAAUCGGUCAACUUGUUAAGUCCAACAACAUCAUUGCCAUUGGAAACAUUGAAAUUAAAACAUUGGACGGUUUCUGUCGCUUUUUAUAA